AUGUCUCAACAAUCCAACUCUUCUCCUUCCAAGAACAUGCCUUGUUCUCCUAGCGUUGAACCAAGCAACCCUAACAGAGAAGAUCCUGUUGCUGACUCUGCGGAUACCCCACAUGCAAGAAGACCUAAAGAAACUGUAUCAGGCUUCUCCUCAGCCAUCGUUCUUGAGGAACGAACCAAAGAAGGUUCCAGGUAUGUUCACAAUGCCAUUGCCACUAUGGUGACUGGAAUACUGUCUGGAAAUCAUAAGGUCCUUGGGGUUUCCAUUCCCUUAAACACUAUUGAAACUGAUAGUGUUGCUUAUCAAGAAAAUACUGAGUCUUUAGGAAAGAAUAUCUCUGAUGAUGUUGAGCAAACUGAUGCUCAUAAGGAGUCAAAUGUUGACAAACCCUUAGAUAAUGUGGCUGGUGAGGAAGUUCAUGUCACUCAUGAUGUCAGUGACAAUCCUAACUGUGAGGCUGAAACAGUAGACCUGGAGAAAUUUUCUGAUAAUGAUCUAUUGUCCUCAGUCCUCCCUAGCAUAGCCAAAAGGGUUAGGACUAGGAGAGAAAAGAAAACUGUGGCUCAAAGGUCCCCCAGAAAGAAGAUUGAUGUUCCAACCUCUUCCAAGACAAAGGUGGAAGUCGAGAGUUCCCUCAAGAGGAAAGGUCAUGGUCCAAACAAAUCUUGGAGCAAAGUGGUGCCCAAGAAAAAGAAUACCAAGUUUGUUGUUGUUGAGUCUGACUCAGAUGUUUCGUGUAAUGUCUCUUACACUCUGUCAAAGAAGAAGCCAACCACUAGCAAGCUUGCAGCUAGUAUCCCUGAGAUACCAAUUGACAACAUAUCUUUUCAUUUUGCUUCAAGUGUAAACAGGUGGAAAUAUGUUUAUCAGAAGAGGCUGGCUUUGGAAAGGGAAUUAGCUCAGAAUGUCCUAGACUGUAAGGAUAUUAUGGAUCUUAUUCAAGAGGCUGGUUUAAUGAAGACUGUGACUCAGUUUUCAAAGUGCUAUGAGAUGCUGGUAAAGGAAUUUAUUGUUAAUUUGUCUGAAGAAUGUGCUAAUGGCAAGUCUAAGGAAUUCAGGAAAGUGUAUGUGAGAGGCAAGUGUGUAAAUUUCUCUCCUUUAGUGAUCAACAAGUAUUUGGGAAGGCCUGAUGAAGCUCAACCUGAGCUUGAGAUUGGAGCUGCUAACUGGGUGCCCACCAAUCAUAAAUCUACAGUUGCUGUAAUGCUUGGAAAGUUUAUAUAUGCUGUUGGAACCAAAGCCAAAUUUGACUAUGGCUCCUAUAUUUUUGAUCAAACUUUAAAGCAUGCAGGAAUCUUCAGUGUGAAGGGUCCUAUAGCCUUUCCUUCUCUCAUUUGUGGUAUUGUUUUGAAUCAGUUUCCAAACAUCUUAACUGAGAAUGAUUCUGUGAAGAAAAGAGACAGCCCUAUGUCUUUCAAUCAUAAGCUGUUCCUAGGUACCCAUGUCCCUGACAUUGUCAUGACAUCAGGUGAGACAUCACGUGUAAGCAAUCAGCCAGGUAAAGCUGUUGUCAUUGCAAUGCUCAAAGAAACCUGCAGGGAAUUAGAGGCAAGGAAGCUGAACUUGGAAAAAUUGAUUAGCUCUUUGGAGAUGACUGAAGGUGAUGUGCUAGCUGAUGGUGGAGAAUUUGGUGAAGCUGAUGCUGUUGCAGAAGAAGCUGAAAGACAAGGUGAAGAGAGAGAAGCAGAUGCCAGUCCUGAUGAUGGCACAUAUGAUGAUGUUGACUCUGAGUCAGAUGACUAG